AUGCGAACCACCACCGCAUCAACUCCGACCUCUUCAAGCCACCACAGCGACGGUGAAUUCGACCAGCAGUGGGAAUUUGGCUUCAAUUCGGAUCGUGGAGGAGCGUCGGCGAGCAACAGUGAUGCUGACAGCGAUGCUGUCUAUAUCUCUCCUGUUUAUGGGGAUCGAGAACCCUGUUUCAGCAGUGAUGACGACAGCGAUGAUGAAGACUCGCCGGCUGGGACUCCCCCGCGAGAUAUUGAAGUUGACGAUGACUCGGUCUCCAGCGGUGGCUCAAGCGUGUCCACUCAAGGGGAUGUGACCAGGCUGCCCGGUGGACUUGUUCUCGGUUCUUCCCGCUAUGACAUGGACGACAGCGAAGCCAGCAGCUGUUUGGACGACUCUGACGCAUACGACCCUGAAGUGGAGACUGUUAGCAGUGAGGACGAAGGCGACGAGCUCGCAGUUCAACCUUCUGCGUCAGGGCGUCAAGUGCAUGCGGGAAUCGACCUCGUCGCGACAGCGCAUCGCACCGUCAUCCAACUCAACGGCCAUCAGUACACGAAAGCCCGAGAAUCCUCGCGCAAGAUUUCCUUCCGGUGCAGCUUUUACCGACGUACUCCGGGGUGCAAAGGGAAAGUCGACUACAGUUUUGCGCGAGAUGUGUUCUACAAUUUUACGCCACACACUUGUGAAGGGACGGGCCAAGCUCCAAGCCGAUACGUUGACGUCACCGAGGAAAUGAAGGCCGAGGUUGAUCGAUUGUCGAUUCGGCACCUUUCACACACGGCGCAACAGAUUUCGUUGGCGGUCCGCGAGCAGUUGUUCGUCAGAGACGACAGCGCGGUUGUUCAAGGACUGACACGACAUCAAGUCCGGCAACAUAUGUACCGCACGAGACGUGUUCAUUUCGGUGGAAACGUGCAUGGAAUGGUUAAGGUUGCACCGCAGAGCCUGGUUCAAGGGACUACAUUGAAUUUUUUCCAGUUCCACCACGUCUUUACGGAGGACGAGCGGCUACAGCGUGUGCUGGGUUGGGCGGACGCUCGACUGCUGGAGUUACUUCGGUAUCCGGGCUAG